AUGGAUUCAACCUCCUAUCUUGAUCGAUAUCGCCAUUUAAGCGCUGUUGAUCAGCAGAAGAAUCAGCUCAUCGAGGAGCUCCUAAAACGAGUGACCGACCUCGAGAACUCCUUCCAACAAGAGAAACUUGAUCAUGAACGCGAGACUCGCUUCAAUCGUGAUAUUCAACUUCACGAGAUGGAGUUGAUGCAACAGAUACACCAGAUCAAGUCUAUUAUGGAUCGAGAACCUUUCGUCGUCGUACUAUUAGAUGGAGAGGGAAUAAUCUUCAAGGAUGAAUUCCUCCAGCAGGGUGAAGAGGGCGGUCGCAAUGCCGCCAAGCAGCUUUACACGGCCCUUCAUACCUACGUGACGGCGAACCUCCCGAAUAUUAAAGUACCGAAGUUAUUGACAAAGAUUUAUUUGAAUGUGAGGGUCUUCAGUGAGAUAGGUUUCAAUGAGACCAUGUCCUUCUCGGAGAUCGUGGACAUUGGCUCCGGGAAAAACAAGGCUCUCGAUAAGAUGAAAGAGACCCUCCAAGUCUUCCUUUACAACUGCCAUUGCCACCAAAUCUUUUUAGGCUGCCCUUCAAAUACCGAAUACACGAACUUCCUGGAGGAUAUACUGCAAGAGGGUGAUCUCACUGGCCGUAUUUCUCUCGUGGAGGGUGUUGCCUUUGAGAAAGAGCUUGAGACAAUCAAGAACUCAUAUCGCAUCGCCAAAUUCCCAGAAGUUUUCCGUUCCGUCAAACUGGCGCCUGCUUGGGCUCCCGCAUGGAAGAAUACUCAUGCCUUACCGUCGCGGUCCCUACUCACUCCAUCUCCAUCGCGACAGUUCUCAAUGCCCCUGCCUUUAUCCCGCACGUCAACCAACACCAGUAUUUCAGGCGCCGGGGCUCCUUUGACAGCAUUGACACCUAACGAAGAGGGUGGAUCUCCCGACUUCCAGGUUGUUCGCUCCAAGACGGAAAAUUCGACCGCCCCUCCCAAAACCGUGGAGAGGAAUAAAUAUGGACAGCGAGUGGAUCGUCUCGACUUCAAAAGCAUUCCUCGCGAUGAACUUAAUCGGUUGAAGAAGUUGAAGCUCUGCAAUUACCAUUUCCUGCUCGGGGAAUGCCCUAACGAGGAGAAUUGCUAUCAUGACCACGAUCGCAAAUUAACUCGUCAAGAACUUCAUAUUUUGUCGGCUAUCGCACGCAUGACACCCUGUCGCUUUGGGCUGGAAUGUGAUGACCCGGAGUGUAUCUACGGCCACCGUUGUCCCCAGAGUGAGCCUGGCAAAAAGACUUGCUUUCGAGGUGACAGCUGUCGCUUUGAGCCAGUAGCACACGGCAUCGACACGAAUAUUGUCAAAGUGACAAAGGUUUAG